AUGUUGACAUUAGCGUUUUUAGAUGAGGUGAAAAUCCAGGUGACGGAGGUGGAGACGGCGCUGUCGGAGCUAUCGGGCUGCCCCGUGCCCCAGCUCGAUCCCCGCGUCCUGGAGGUCUACAGGGGCGUCAGAGAGGUGCUCUCCAAAUACAGGAGCGGGAAACUCCCCAAGGCAUUUAAAAUCAUUCCUGCCUUGUCCAACUGGGAGCAGAUCCUCUACAUCACAGAGCCGGAGACGUGGACAGCAGCUGCCAUGUACCAAGCCACCAGGAUAUUUUCAUCCAACCUGAAAGAGAGGAUGGCCCAGCGGUUCUACAACCUGGUGCUGCUGCCGCGGGUCAGGGAUGACAUCGCUGAGUACAAGCGCCUCAAUUUUCACCUCUACAUGGCUUUGAAGAAGGCUCUGUUCAAGCCGGCAGCCUGGUUCAAAGGCAUCCUCAUCCCCCUGUGCGAGUCGGGGACCUGCACGCUGCGGGAGGCCAUCAUCAUCGGCAGCAUCCUCACCAAGUGCUCCAUCCCCGUCCUCCACUCCAGGUAACGUGCUGGGAAGCUCGGCGCCAACAGCAUCUUCCUCCGGCUGCUCAUCGACAAGAAGUACGCCCUGCCCUUCCGCGUGGUGGAUGCCCUCGUCUUCCACUUCCUGGCCUUCCGCACGGACCAGCGGGUCCUGCCCGUGCUGUGGCACCAGAGCUUCCUGGCCUUCGCCCAGCGCUACAAGGAGGACCUCUCCUCGGAGCAGAAGGAGGCUUUGCUCGAGCUGCUCAAGUUCCACAGCCAUCCGCAGAUCUCACCGGAGAUCCGGAGGGAGCUGGCGAACUCCAAGACGCGGGAUGUGGAGGGGCAGCAGCCCGUGGCCAUGGAGUGAGCAGGGAGAGGCAGGGAAAAGCAGCAGCCCGCCCUGCUCCUGGGAACGCUGCUGGAUGCAGUUGGGAGCCCGGUGCGUGAGCAAAGCCCUGUGAGAGCAUCCAUCCUGGGAUCCCGCUGCUCCGAGCGGGCGCCGGGCGCAGGCUGUGGCCGUAGAGCUGGACCGUGCUCCCUGCGCUGCUCGUCACGGGGCAGGGCAGCCCCUGUCCCACCGGGGAACCCGGUGCCGCCAGCACCCGGGGGAGGGUCUGGCCUGUUCCUGUAUUGGAAAAUAAAACCCAAGCCGUGUCUGUCAGUCAGGGGCGGUUUUGCCCCACCGCUGCACCUCUC